AUGGUGUAUCCCGAUAACAUUCUCAAACUUAAUGUGUCUCAAGUUGUUUCACCUCUCGUAUCUCCUAUAUUAACUAAGGUGGUAGAUAUUCGUGAGCAUUUUGAAAAUGGAGAAGAGUUUGAAUUUCAUGACGACAUGUUGCAUUGGAUUCGAACAGAGACAAUGAAACUAGGAUUUGGUGUUGUGAUUGGAAGGUCCGAUAAUAGUACGUCUAGAAGAAAUGCAUUUGUGACUUUGACAUGCGAAAGGAAUGGGAAAUAUAUUUGUCGUAUCCAAAAAUUGAAACUCGACGAUAACGAUUCAAGAAAAUGUAAAUGCUCGUUUAAGUUGUGUGGUUAUCAUUUGGCAAAUAACAAAUGGAGAUUUAAUGUGAUAUGUGGUUUACACAACCAUGAUCUAAGUCAAAAGUUGGUCGGUCAUCCAAUUGCAUGUUGGCUUCUUCCGGAUGAGAAGAUAUGUGUAUUUGACAUGAAUUUGAGCUUAGUACCGCCCAAGAACAAUCUUGCAACCUUGAAGCGCAAAAGAUCCGGAAAUACAUCAAAUAUUAAACAAGUUUACAAUAGGCGCUAUCAAGAGAAAGUUGAAGAAAUAUAUAACGCUCUUGUACCAAGCGUGAGUGAAUUUGCACCGGAGGAAAAGUGGAUGUGUUUCUCUGAACUGGGUCAUCUAAUAGCAGGUGCGUAUGAGAGGCAUUUUGUUCAAGUGUAUUUGAAAUUGGGAUGCCCUAUACCACCUACAUCACUGGAAUGGGCGAUUCAUUUCACAAUGUCAUCUGAGACUUGGCCGGACCAAUUUAUUGAAAGGAUGCAAGACUACAACAAGUUGAACAAAAUGGAAAUAGAAAAAAAAUAA